CAAAUCUUUAUCCCCCAUACACACACUGUCACACUGUCUCUGCAUUACUCACAGUCACCAGGCAGCUCAUUAUACCAAGCAUCAAAUCCAGUAUAAAACCUCCUCUUGCACACACGGCCACUGCGACGCAGUGACACACACACUUGGGGCGCGCGGACGAUAUGGCCAUGGACAUGGCGCACCGUGACCACCUCCUCGCCGCGGCGCACGGCGCGCUCGCCGCCGCCACCCUCGUGGCGUGCGUGCUCGCCGAGGCCGCCGUCCUCGCGCUGCGGCGCGGCGAUGGCGCCGCCGGGAUGCUCUGCUACUACCUCGUGCCGGUCUCCGCGAUGCUCCUCCUCUACCGCUCCCGGCGGCGCGCGGCGGCGGCGCGCGUCGGGCUCGUCGACUUCGCGUGCCUGAGGCCGCCGCCGCGGCUGCGCAUCCCGGUGGCCGGGCUGCUCGAGCACUUCAAGCUCAUCGGCUGCUUCGACGACGGCAGCGUGGAGUUCAUGACCAAGGUGAUCGAGGCGAGCGGCAUGGGCAACGAGACCUACUUCCCGCCGUCGCUGCACCACAUCCCGCCGGCGGCGACGCACGGCGAGGCCAUCCGCGAGGCGCACAUGCUCUUCUUCCCGGCGCUCGACGACCUCUUCGCCAAGACCGGCGUGCCGCCGUCGUCCGUCGGCGCCGUCGUCGUCAACUGCAGCGGGUUCUGCGCCGCGCCGUCGCUGUCCGCCAUCAUCGCCAACCGCUACGGCAUGCCCAGCGACGUCAGGACCUGCAACCUCUCCGGCAUGGGCUGCGCCGCGGGCGCCAUCGGCGUCGACGUCGCCGCGGGCCUCCUCCGCGCGCACGCCGCCAUGUCCUACGCCGUCGUCGUCAGCGCCGAGAUCGUCACCGUCGGCUGGUACAGCGGCAAGGACAAGAGCAAGCUCCUCCUCAACUGCUACUUCCGCACCGGCUGCUCCGCCGCGCUCGUCACCACCAAACGCGGCGGCGGCGGCGUCAAGUACCGGCUCGUCAGCGUGACGCGCACCAACCAGACGGCCAACGACCGAAGCUACCGCUCGGGGUACCGCGACGAGGACGACGAGGGCAUCACCGGCUUCACCCUCGGCCACGGCGUCGGGCGCAUGGUGAGCGAGCUCCUCCGCGCGCACCUCCUCACCCUCAGCCUGUCCAUCCUGCCAUGGCGCGAGAAGCUCCGCUACGUCGCCGCGCUGCUCCGCCACCGCCGCCACGACAAGAAGGCCGGCUCCGGCGGCGGCAUCCCGAUGCCGGACUUCAGGGCGGCGGCGGAGCACUUCUGCCUGCCGUCGUCGGGGAGGCCGAUGAUCUGGAGGCUGGGGCAGGGGCUGGGGCUGGGCGAGGGGGAGAUGGAGGCGGCGCUGAUGGCGUUCCACCGGUUCGGGAACCAGUCGGCGGCGUCGCUGUGGUACCAGCUGGCGUACAUGGAGGCGAAGGGGAGGGUCCGGCGAGGCGACACGGUGUGGCAGCUCGCCGUCGGCAGCGGCCUCAAGGCGAACAGUUUGGUGUGGGAGCGCGUCGCCGACGACGACCACUUCGCCACGGAGCGCCACGGGAGGACCACGCUGGGCCCAUGGGCCGACUGCAUCCACAAGUACCCCGUCACUGAAGGGUAGCACGCAUGCAUACACAUGGAAGAUUAGAAAUUAAGUUAUGGUUUGUUCUAAUAAUAAGCCACGAGUAAGAUUUCAUGUGUAAUCUCGUGUGUGGUUUCUUAUAUAAUUUAGUGUUUGAAUAUUUCCACCACUUUACUGGAAAUAAAGGCUAUAUAUAUAUACUUUACCUUAAUUA